CGAUAUGAGUCAGGCUUUCUAGGGUUUCUAAUCUCUUCGGAAACGAAAACAGAUUCUAUCUAACCUAAUUGGAAAUGCCUUGAUUUCUGGAUGUCCCGAGUGAAUUAUGGUGUCUAUAAGUGGAUUUGAAGAACGGAAAAUUGCAGGUAACGGAGUAUAGUGGCGAAUGAAGAUAACUGAUUAUCUCUCGUCUUACUCUGCUCCUAUAUGGGCGACUUUGAUAGCUGGUGUCCUUUUAGUCAUCACCCUUUCACUUUCGAUGUAUCUUCUCUUGGAGCACCUCAAUGCAUACAAAAAUCCUGAGGAGCAAAAGUUUUUGAUGGGGGUUAUCCUUAUGGUUCCUUGCUAUGCUGUAGAAUCGUUUGUAUCCCUGGCGAAUCCAUCCAUUAGUGUUGAUUGUGAGAUACUAAGGGAUUGCUAUGAAUCAUUUGCCAUGUAUUGCUUUGGAAGAUACCUUGUUGCAUGCUUAGGUGGGGAAGAGAGGACUAUCGAGUUCAUGGAAAGACAAGGACGUGCAAAAACCCCACUGUUAGGAUCUGAUUCUGAACCUGGAACAGUGAAGCAUCCUUUUCCUAUGAAUUAUGUCCUAAAACCAUGGAAACUUGGCCAAUGGUUUUACCAAGUUAUAAAAAUUGGCAUCGUUCAAUAUAUGAUAAUCAAGUUGUUGACUGCUCUUUUAGCAUUGAUUCUUGAAGCUUUUGGUGUCUAUUGUGAAGGAGAAUUCGAAUGGAAUUGUGGGUAUCCUUAUAUGGCGGUGGUUCUCAAUUUCAGUCAGUCAUGGGCUUUAUACUGUUUAGUUCAAUUUUAUACUGUUACAAAGGAUGAAUUGGCACACAUAAGACCAUUGGCCAAGUUUUUGACAUUUAAGUCGAUUGUGUUUUUGACUUGGUGGCAAGGUGUGGCAAUUGCUAUAUUUUAUGCCCUUGGUUUAUUUAGAAGUCCAAUAGCUGAAGGCUUACAGUUCAAGUCAAGCGUCCAAGACUUCAUCAUUUGUAUAGAGAUGGGUAUUGCUUCUGUUGUUCACCUGUAUGUAUUCCCUGUGAAACCUUACGAGCUAAUGGGAAAUUGCUUUCAUGGAACUGUUUCGGUCCUUGGAGACUAUGCAUCUGUUGAUUGUCCUCCAGAUCCUGAUGAGGUUAGGGACAGUGAACGACCAACAAAGUUGCGCUUGCCUCAGCCUGAUGAAGAUGUUAGAAGUGGAAUGACCAUCAGAGAAAGAGUGCGGGACGUUUUUGUUGGUGGUGGUGAAUAUAUUGUGAAUGAUGUUAAGUUCACGGUAAACCAAGCAGUUGAGCCUGUGGAGAAGGGGAUUACAAAGUUCAAUCAGAAACUAAAUAAGAUCUCCCAAAGCAUUAAAAAGGAUAAGAGAAAAACAAAGGAUGAUAGCUGCAUUGCAUCAUCAUUUCCUGAUCGGAGGGUGAUUCGUGGUAUAGAUGAUCCCCUCUUGAAUGGGAGCUUUAGUGAUAGUGGGGUUGCAAUGGGGAAGAAGAACCGCUGGAAACCAGGAUAUAACACAAGUGGAGAAAGUGGGGGAGAACGCAGCAGUGAUCAAAGUUCUGGUGCGUAUCAAAUCAGGGGCAAUAGGUGGGUCAUAAAAUAGUAACCUGGAUAGGUAGUGUGAAGAUUUAAAGAAAAAGAUUUGGCCUGAUGGUAACCAGCUCGCUCUUUAUCUGCAAUACCCAAUAGUUGCUUCACGAGGAGGCUGAAAGUUAUGCUUUAAUCAAAUUUGCAGCUGUGGUUGUUUUAGCUGGGGAUCCAAUGAAUGUUUUCUGGUUUACUUCAUGAAUACCUUGUUUCCAUGCCGUAUAGAGUUUGGAAUGCGGUUUAGUUGUUAUCAAGAAUGAAUGAAUGAAGAAUCAGGAUGCAUAAUUGGGCAUCUUUAUCUCAUGUUUCAGAUGUCCAUGUUCUCUUCCCAUUUCAAUCUGGACCAUUAUUCUAACGUUCUGAAGAUUUUGAACAGAUCUUUGUAUCGAUUCCUUGACUAUUUGCGCGUUGUUCAUAAAAUGCUGCAUCUCAU